UUCUUGCGCGAAAAUGGUCUUAUUCUGGCACUUCGUAGUUUUACCGCUGCUUUUUCCGGUCGUCGCAUAUCUUGUAUUUCGUUGGCGGAAUCGUCGUUUCGAUCGCGUUUCGACUGAUCUAGACGGACCGAAGCAAUUCCCAUUCAUCGGAUGUGGUCAUCUAUUCAUUGGCAAGAGCAACGAAGAACAGUUCGCCAUCCUAAAUGACAUCACCAAAACGUAUCCUUCACCGUGCCGGGCCUGGCUAGGUCAUCUGUUUCUAGUGUUCAUCGAUAACCCGGAGGACAUGCAAGUUGUGCUGAAUUCGCCAAAUUGUCUGGAAAAGGCAGACGUCUAUCGAUUCUUCCGCUGCGAAAAGGGCUUAUUUUCGUCACCAGCGAGUGUUUGGAAAGUUCACCGGAAACUGCUAUCGCCGUGUUUUAGUCCGGUUAUUUUGGCCAGCUUUGUGUCAAUAUUUAAUGCGAAAAGUGCAAUUUUAGUGCAAAGAAUUGAGAAGCAUCUGGGACAGAAAGUGUUCAAUAUCAACGAAGAUAUUGCAAGGUGUACUUUAGAUAUGAUUUGCGCUACGACUUUGGGGGCCAACAUGGAUUUGCAGAGCGAUGAAGGAACUGAAUACAUAAAAACAGUCGAAGAAUUAUGUGAGCUAAUGAAUCAGCGCGUGUACAAGGUCUGGUUGCACCCAGAUUUCAUCUACGAAAAAACCAAAUACUUUCGAUCUGAGAAGGAGAAUUACGAGAAGGCUUACAAAAUGUCACGAAAAGUUUUGAAACUUAAGAAAGAAGAAAGAAGUAAGUCGAAAAGCUCCGUGGUAGUUGUUGAAAACCACAAAAAACCUCAGAUAUACAUUGAUCAAAUUCUGCGACUGGCAGAAGAGACUGAUAUUUUUGAUGAUGCUGCCAUUCGGGAUGAGCUGGACACUAUUAUCGCAGGCGGUAAUGAGACAUCCGCUCUGACCCUCUCACAUGUGAUGCUGAUGCUGGCCAUCCACGAAGACAUUCAACAAAAAGUGUAUAAUGAAAUCGUGAAUGUCAUCGGAUCAAGUGACCCAUCUAGACCUGUGCACAAUGAACACCUUGCGCAUUUGAACUAUACCGAGAUGGUCAUCAAAGAAACAAUGCGUCUGUUUCCGGUUGGACCCGUAAUUGGUAGAACGUGCACCGCACCUACCAAGAUAUCAAAAACUACGCUUCCCGCAGGUACCACCAUCAUAUUGGGGGUAUUUAAUGUCCAUCGCAAUGCUAAGUACUGGGGCCCACAGGUGGAAAGAUUCGAUCCGGAAAAUUUUCUGCCGGAACGAGCAGCGCAACGUCAUCCGUACACUUACCUACCGUUCAGCGGUGGACCUCGGAACUGCAUCGGCUACAAAUAUGGACUCAUGUCGAUGAAGAUCAUGAUGUGCCAUCUCCUGCGGACAUACCGCUUCCGGUCCCCACUGAAAAUGGAAGAGCUACAGUUAAAUAUGAGUAUCACAUUAAAAAUUGCGAACAAACAUCUGGUACAGAUUGUGAAAAGGCAAUCGUUCUGUCUGUUUCAACUCUUCUUCUACCAAGCCAAUCUAGAAGGACCGAAGCAAUACCCAUUCAUCGGCUGUGGUAAUUUAUUCAUCGGCAAGAGCAACGAAGAACAAUUCGCCAUCCUAAAUGACAUCACCAAAACGUAUCCUUCACCGUGCCGAGCCUGGUUGGGUCAUCAGUUUCUGGUGUUCAUCGACAACCCGGAAGACUUACAGGCAACGAAGGAACUGAAUACAUCAAAACUGUCCAAGUUUCAAUCUCACGCUUCCGGCAGCUUGGCCAUGUGGAAUAUGGCGUUUGUGUACCUGAGCGCGGUGCUGAUCGUACUCGCUGCGUACUACCGAUGGUCCCGCCGGAAGAUGCUGGCCGAUGUGGCUAACAUGAGCGGACCGCCGGCGUUGCCCCUGUUUGGACAUCUGUACUUGCUGCUGAAGUACACAUCAACAGAGGCAAUCUUCCAAAAUCUGAAAAAAAUCAGCAGCGCUUACCCAUCCCCACUCUGUAUCCACUUGGGGCAUCUGUUACAUAUUGCCAUCUACAAACCUGAGGAGGUGCAGAUUGUUCUGAAUUCACCUAAUUGCCUAGGAAAGCCGCUACAGUAUAAUUUUUUCCGCGUCAGUAAAGGUCUUUUCUCCGCUCCCGCUCAAAUUUGGAAAGGACAGCGGAAAAUUUUGAAUGUUUCAUUCGGACCAGCCAACCUCAACAGUUUUGCGGCAAUUUUCAACGAAAAGAGUGCCAUUUUUACAGAGCUGAUGGAAAAACACGUUGCGAAAGGGGAACGUAAUUACAAUCACGAAAUCGCCCUAUGCAUGCUGGAUACAAUUUACUCUACCGCCUUCGGACUAAACUUUGACAUGCAGCGAACGCCGGAUGGAGAGUUUUAUCUAGGGUUGCAAGAAGAGUUCAUGGAUCUCGUAACUAAACGAGUUUUCUCACCUUCUAUGUACCCGGAGUGCAUCUACCGACUCACCAAAGCGUACAAAAGAGAAAUGAAAAUCCUUUACGAUGCUCGACAACUUACAACGAAAGUGAUGCAGGCGCGAAAAGCUGACGAAUUGUUAUCCACACAGUUCGGUACGAAACAGCCCGAAGCAGAUCUAGAUGGCAAGAAACCACAAAUUUUCCUUGACAAACUUUUGGAACUGGCGAGGGAAAACAAUCAGUUAACCAAAGAGGAUAUUCCGGAGCAUCUGGAUACGAUUAUAUUUGCGGGGAAUGACACAACUGCAACUACCAUGGGUAAUCUAUUGCUGAUGUUGGCGAUCUAUCCCGAUAUACAAGAGCGAGUCUAUCAGGAAAUCAUGCAAGCUUGCCCCGAAGAAAAUCAAUUUGUGUCAAUAGAAGACGUUGCUAAGCUGUCUUAUACAGAGAUGGUUUGCAAGGAAACUAUGAGAUUGUUCCCGGUGGGCCCUCUCAUUGGUCGGAUAGCAACCAGUGAUAUUAAGCUAGAUGAUCGUAACACAAUUCCCGCCAACACAGUAGUAUUAUGUGGCAUCUACCAACUGCACAUGGACCCAGAGCAGUGGGGUCCGGAUCCGGAACAAUUUAAUCCGGAUCAUUUUCUGCCGGAAAAUGUAGCUCAGAGGCACCCCUAUGCUUACCUUCCGUUCAGUGGCGGACCACGAAACUGUAUAGGCAUCCGGUAUGCGUGGUUGUCGAUGAAGAUUAUGAUAGUACAUUUGCUGCGAAAAUAUCGUCUAACAACAUCGCUUACGAUGGAUGAUAUCACUAUUAAGUUUUCGAUUAUCAUGAAAAUCACAAACGGUUGUCGGAUUGCACUGGAAAAAAGGCGGUAACCUUCGGAGGCACGGAGUUCCUAAUAAAUACGAGAGGAUAAAAUGAAAAAAAACUGCAUAGCUUGCUGCACCUUUGCAUUAUUCCCAUGUUGUCAUCGUUGUGCUUGAUCUCGAAGUGCACUCUAAUGAGAGUAGACUAUCAUACUUCUACUGUUAUUUCGGAACGAAUCUUCUCAACACCAACAGAUGGAGAUGGCUUUUGGUGACGGUUUUAGCAAAUAUUAUUUAAUCU